GGACCUGAUUUUCAGCUAACAAGAACCUAUAAACUUUUUGGAAUAUCGACUGGCCAUCUUAAGUUGAUAAAGUUUGCCAGCACGAAAUUCUAAGUUUAUAAAUUGCACGAUCUGGCUUUUAUAUCGCAUGCUAUAAGUGAUUCGCCACUGGAUCCAUGUGCAUCCGUCCCGCUCCAACGAUCAGCUGGGCUUUGUGUACCGCUGGGCUUAUCAGUCCGCCGAUCAGCCGGUCCGGUAAUCUGGCCGAGUCAGUUGCGUUCCUACGUUGCGAUCGAGCGGUUCGCGAGCGGUCACGGUUGAGUAAGUCAGUCGGGUAGAGAUCGGGGUUCCUUGGUGAUUUCAGAUUUCGAAUUUGGAAUUUUGGGCUUCUGGUUUCUGAUUUGUGGCAGGGAGCUGAGCAAAGCAAAGCCAAGUGAAGCCGGGCGGCGUCUCUCAAUUGAAGCCACUUAAGUUCGCCGCCGGAGAUCUGCGAAGGAAAUCUCUCACUUGGGGAUGAAUCAACCGUUGAGUUCAUGCCGCGGAAGUGUUAAUUUAGCGUCCAAAUACAAAUACGACUUGUAGAGAUCAGCGCUCAGUACAAGUGCCAGCUGAAUGUGCUCUUUGUGUGCUGCAUAAAUCGUGCCCGUCCCGUUUUCCAAAUAUAAAUAAAAUUAUGCAAAUGAAAUUAUGUGUGCGCUACCUUACCAGAUAGACACAUAAAUCGGUAAUUAAGUGAUAAUUAUUUAUGGUGUGAAUUGGGCCGGACAUUGGUAAACCUUUUGGGCGCUGUAAAUCGCUGGAAUAGCCGACGGAACCACUCGACACAGUUUGCAAGGAAAAGUAGGCCAUCGCCUGUCCUCCGUCCUCGACAUGGCCUGCCCGCAUAUCCUGGUGCUACUGCCCCUCAUCUGCUCCGCCCAGCUCAGCGCAGCCCUCAGCCUGCCGAACAUGACUUCAACGGAUGUUGUCGCUGCCGGCGGCGGCAUUUCGCCAAUCCUCGUGGCCGGAAAUCCCAGCAAUCUAGGCGGCAGCAACAUAAGUAUGACCGGAGGCAUUGGAUUGGCCGGCAGCAACCCCGGUGGACAAUCAGUACCGGAUUCGGGGGGCGGUACCUCUGCGGGCGGUUCGCCGGCAGGCGGCAGUGGCGGUGCCGCCGGCAGUAGUGGUAAUAUCGGCGGCAGCGGCAACAACUCUGCCAUGGUCCAAGGACAAAAGAACAGUCCGUACGAGAAGUGUGCCGGUCCUGGGGAUCCGGGUCCCUGCAAGCAGUACAUCUACAAGUGGCGCUACGAGCCAACCACAAACGAGUGCACCAACUUCAUUUGGGGCGGCUGUGAGGGCAAUCCGCAGAACCGUUUUGGCACCGAGGCGGAGUGCCUCUUCCACUGCAUCGGCGGGCCACACACUCUGCCGCCGUUCUUGCAGUCCACGACCCGUGAGCCCAGCACCACGGAGAGUUCCAUGCUCCUCGGCUCGCCGUACACCCAGAGUCCGGCCCAAUCGCCGGACGGAAUGGGCGGGGCCGAGGGCGGGGAGGGCACCACACCCGUGCCCAUCGAACAGCGCGGCCCCGAGCUGACUUUCGCGGAGACGGGCCAAGGCAAAACUUUCAUAUUCGCCAAGAAUAACACGUUCAUCCAAAUGGACGGCGACAUCAUACAGACAUUUCAAUUAAGACUUUGCCGUGAGAUUUCAUUUCAAUUCCGCACCCGACUGCCGCACGGCCUGCUCGUCUAUCACAACGUUAAGAAUCCGGAUCGCAUUAUAUUGGACCCCUAUGCACUCUAUGUGAUUGUUGAGAAGGGCCAGCUGAAGGUGGUCCAUGUCUUUGGCAAGCAUUCAACGAGUGUCACUGUGGGCGAGAGUCUGAAUCGAGAUGAAUGGCACAGUGUGAUGGUGCGCAUCGAUGUCCAUGGCGCAAGAUUAAUUGCACGCGUCGACAAUAGUCAGGAGGAGGUCUAUCUGAAAGGACUGAAUCACGAGUACAACUACGGCGUCUCCACGAACCUGCCGUCGGUGGUCCUGGUCGGAGGCCUUUCCUCCGAGGAGAAGCUUCACGGCGUGAAAUACAUUACGGAGUCCUUUGUGGGUUGCAUCCGCAAUGUGGUGCUGAGCUCCGGCAAGGCCGCCUCUGACCUCCUGCCCAUCGCCCCCCUGGUGGCCACCAAGCACGAGAACGUCAACGAAGGAUGCUCGGACAUGUGCGAGUCCCGGCACAACCUCUGCUUCGUGGGAUCGCGCUGCAUCAACCACUACGGCGGCAUAUCCUGCGACUGCUUUGGCACCCACUACGAAGGCGAGCACUGCGACAUCUACACGGCCACAAUUAUUACUUUACGAGGAGCGAGUUAUGUAUCCUACAGGAUAUACGACUGGAAGGAUCGCGUUCAUUCCUCAACCAGGCGUAUAAGUCUGAUGUUCCGAACAAAUUUCGACGAUUCAGCUUUGUUCUACGCCAGUGGUGAGUCGCUGAAGCAUCAGUAUAUAGCGGCUGCCAUUAAAAACCAAUCGGUUCAUGUGGAAAUGGACUUUGGCGACAACGUGAUGAGUACCAUACUGACAGACGACUUGACCCGAGGCUAUUGGCACAAUUUAACGAUUCUCCAUGAACAACGGACGGUGAGCAUUAUCCUGGAUCAACAGCAAAAGGUACUGGAACUACCGGCGACAGCCAGUGGGAAUCUACUCUUCGAUCCGGAGAUAUAUUUCGGAGGAGGACCGGAACUGCACAAGAAGAAGGGUCUGGCCUCCCAUAACAAUUUCGUGGGCAGUCUGAAGUAUGUCUACUACAACGACAUCUCCAUUCUGUACGAACUACAACGGGGGAAUCCCAAGGUGCACUAUCACGGCGUGCUGGAGGCGGAGUUCAUCGAGAACGAAGUGAAUGUCAUACCCAUCACCUAUCCCUUUGCGACAUCACACAUUUGGUGGCCCAUAAAUCACGCCGAAGAAUUUAAUAUUAAAUUCGAUUUCCGCAGCAGUCGACCGGGAGCAGUGCUGGCCUACAGUGACGUAACUACCAGUGCCGGAAAUGGCUUCUGGGAGAUACGUCUGACGUCGGACAAACUAAGUUUCGAUCUGGUGCCCGAUGUGAACAACAAUAUAACGCACUCGACCACGAUUAAAAUCAAUAGGGCCACCUCAUGGCACAGCGUGGAGUUGGACUAUAAGCUGGGCGAAAUACGGUUUACGGUGGAUUAUCGCCACACUCUCAGCCAAAUGUAUGGAUUGACCUUUAACAUUGGCGACAAACUGAUCAUCGGCAGUAGCCUGAAAUCUGCAGCCAUGGGUUUGGUCGGUUGUAUACGAGAUAUAGAGAUCAAUGGACAUCUGAUUGAACCACGACAUGUGGUCAAAACGGAACGGGUUGUGGGAGAGGUCGCCCUAGACAAUUGCAACUACAUAGAUCCCUGCAAACGACCCAAUACCUGUGAGCAUGGUGGCAAGUGUUUUGUAAAAGACGAUCGUGUGACCUGUGAUUGCAAACACACGGGUUAUAUAGGCAAAAAUUGUCAUUUUACCAAAUACCGAAAAACCUGCGAGGAGCUGGCCCUGCUUGGAUUCACUAAAUCGGAUGUCUAUCUCAUCGACAUCGAUGGCAAUGGUGUUUUCCCACCGGCACAUGUGAAAUGCGAUUUCCAGAGCCUUGAAAAUGCCACAAAAACGAUUGUUGAGCACAAUCUACCCAGUCAAGUGGAUGUGAGAUCUGCCAGGGAAACAGACUUCAGUUUCAACAUCCGAUAUAGGGAAUUUUCGCCUCACAUGCUGCAGGAACUUAUCUCGCAUUCACUGUACUGCACACAGUACAUCAAGUACGAUUGCUACCGGGCUCAGUUGGAACUUCACUCGGCCACCUGGUUCACAUCCUCGGCCAAGAAUCUCACCGUUGACUUCCUGGGCAAUGUCAAGAGAGGCGCCUGCCCGUGCUCCGUUAACAAGACGUGCGUGGACCCGAAUCAAUCAUGCAAUUGCGAUGUGAAGGAAAACAAAUGGAAUUCGGAUGAGGGCUACUACCAGGAUCCGCAGAGCCUGGGCAUUACCAAUAUGUACUUCCUGCAGCAGAAGGAUAUGGAUGACGAGGCCCAGGGCCGCAUCACUCUGGGUCCCCUGGAGUGCGUGGAAACAAAUACCCAGAAGUACGUGGUCACCUUCACCACAUCGCAGUCUUACAUCGAGGUGCCCGGCUGGCGGAAGGGCGACAUCGCCUUCUCGUUCCGGACCACCGGCGAGAAGGCCAUCCUGCUGUUCCAGCCACCCAUCCGACCCCACUACCCCUCGUUCAUGGUGGCCCUGACCGGCGACGACCAGCUCACGUUCACCUUCACACUGAGCACGGGCACCACCCGCGAGCUGGUCAUUAACUCGCACCGGCGGCUGAACGGCGGCGAGUGGCAUAAAAUAUGGAUCGACUACAACCAGUAUCAUGUGCGCUUCAUGAUAAACACCGAUUACCAGAUGCUCGAUUUGCUGCCCGAGGAGGAGUUCGGACCGUUCGAGGGCAGCAUGUACAUCGGCGGCGCCACAUUCGACCUGCUGAAGAAGCUGUCUGUUAAGGCCGGCCUUAUUGGAUGCUUCCGUGGCCUGGUGGUCAACGGCGAGAUUCUCGACAUCUACAGCUACAUGUCGGUGCAUCUGUCGGAGAUUAUCAAGGACUGCAAGCCAUCCUGUGUGCCAUCGCCCUGUCGCAACGGAGCCCAGUGCAAGGAGCUCUGGAGCAGCUUCAAGUGCGUCUGCAACAAUCCCUGGGCACACAUCGGCGAGUUCUGCGAGACAAACAUAAACGAAAAGGCUUUAACUUUUAUCAACCGAGAGUCCUUCCUGAUGCGAAAUUAUUUGAGCGUGGGUGCCACGCCAGUUAUCCUUAUGCAUGGAAUGGAUGGCGAGCGAGAUGUCCUGAAAGGCAUACUCAACCAAGAUCUACUGAUCAAUCUGCGAACCUACGAUACGAAUGCUCUCGUACUUUAUGCCAACGAUCACUACAAUAACUUUGUGCACCUGUACAUCAGUAUUAACAGGGAGAUUGUGUUCCUGUACAAUUAUGGUGAUGAAAUUGUAAAUCUCACUCUGCUGGAUGACACGUUGAUGGCCUCUUUGAAAAGCAUUCAAGUGGCCAUUGUUCGAGGGGAACAGGAAACUCGAAUGCAUGUUAAUCAGCGUAGUGUGAGCAUCGAUAGGGGAACCCUACUCCUAGAUGAAUAUGCCAACAAACCGUGGAGUAAUCCGGAAAAAGAGGUUCUGUCGCCGCACCGCCCCCCAGCCCCGCCCACCGAGUACUUCCAGUUCCACGUGGGCGGCUAUGAUCCGGCGAAUUUGCUGCGGCCCAAUGUGGAUGCACCCACCCUCGAAGGUUAUAUCGGCUGUGUGCGGGGCCUGAAAAUCGGAACGCAGUUGAUCGACUUGGCGGAAAUCAAUGAAAGGAAUAUAGCGCCCACUCAGGAAGGAGUCCUGCCCAAUUGUCAAAUCAAGUGCGAUGCAGAGCCUUGCAAGAAUGGAGGAACCUGCAAGGAGCAUUUCGCGGAGCAACUCUCGACCUGCGACUGCGAACACACCAGUUUCCUGGGUGAAUUUUGCUCCGAAGAAAAGGGAGCUGACUUCAGUGGCGAAUCGACGCUGCAGCGAAAAUUCGAACUACUGCCCGGUACAGGUCGCGUUGACUAUGUGCGCCUGCAGCUGGCCUUCUCGUCCUUCGACCUGCGACGGGCCAAUCGCAUAAUGCUGCUGAUGCAGACGGAGGCGGAGCGGAGCUACUACCUCCUGCUGGCCAUCACCUCCGAUGGCUACCUGCAGCUGGAGGAGGAUCGCGACAAUGGGCGCACGGUGGGCGCCCGGAUCGAUCGGAAUUUCCUAAACAGUGCCAGGCACUCGGUGUACUAUGUGCGCAAUGGCACCCAAUCGCAGCUCUUCAUCGAUCGCGAGCAGGUGCCCCUCACCGAGUUUGCCGCUCGUGUCCUCACAACUGGCGGCGAUGCGGGCUCGAAUCGCGUCCAGAUCGGCGGCAUCAACAGCACGGACUCGCGGUUCGCCGUCUUUAAGAGCUACAGCGGCUGCCUGUCGAACAUCUAUAUACAGGUGAACGGGCAUGUUAUGAAGCCACUCGAGGAGUAUAUGCUAUUCACAAAGUCCACCGCCGACAACAUUACGGUCAUCAAUCCGCAGGGAGUGCGUAGCGCCCAGUGCAACGCCAAAUUCGAUGUGAGCGAGCAGCCGACCCAGGAGCCCAUGGUCAACGUCAGCAUGAUUCCUGAGCCGUGGGUGGAGGAGCCGCCGGCCCGCGUCCCCUACGUCCCGAGAUUCGUGUACGAUGAGAACAAGCAGGAGGACUCCACGCAGGUCGUCUUCCUCACGCUGACCAGUGUCUUCGUCAUCAUCGUGAUCUGCUGCCUGCUGGAGGUGUAUCGCAGCCACUUGGCCUACAAGAAGCGCAUCGAGCGCGAGACGGACGAGGACAUCAUCUGGUCCAAGGAGCAGGCCACCAAAAUGCACGAGUCGCCAGGUGUUAAGGCCGGCCUCCUGGGCGGUGUGACGGCUGGCGCUGGCAAUGGCCUGCCGCCCUAUACCUACAAGGCGCUGCCGCAGGAGGAUAAAAAGCCCGGCAAUGGUGCCCCCUUGGUGGGCAUAUUGAAGAACGGCAGUGCCACGCCCACGCAGCCUGGCACUCCCACCGCCAUGUCCAAAAACGGUGACAUUGCCUCGCGCAUCGAAGAGGAGGAAGAGGAGGAGGACGAGGCUCCAGCUCCGACUCCUGUGGAAAAAAUUGAAGAAAAAAGCAGCGAAAAAGAGGAGCCUCAGAAGGAUACACCUGCCACCGAAGUGAAGGAGUCACAGGCUCAGCCACCUGAGCAGAUGACGACAGACACCACCGACUCCUCUGCCCCAGCAAAUGCUUCCAAGGAGCCGGAGGCAAAGGCAGAGUCCUCAGAGCCAUCAGCUCAGUUGCCCGCCGCCCAAAACGGACAGUUGCCCCAAAAUGAGCCGGUGGCUGCAGGGGAUGAGGGGCACGUCCUGGUGCCAAGUCUACCGCAGCAACAGCAGCAGCAACAGCAGCAACAUGAAAUGCAAAAGCAGCUGCCGCAGCAACGACAACUGCCACAAAGAGGCGGUUCACUUCAGCAGCUGAGUUCCAAGCGGAGAAAACCAGGAUCGGGGGGAAAUGGUGGCUCCGGAGGAGCUGGCACAGUAUCCAUUUCUGGCUCUGGCUCUGGAGCUGGAAUUGGAAUUGGACCGGCAACAGUGCGGCGACAAGUUUCUUGGGGUCCGCCAAUCGUGGCCGAAACGGAUGUGGAUUUGGCCAACAGCAGCAGUAGCGGCAGUAGUACAAACACCAACAGCAAUGGAAAUCGCAAGCCGGGUGGUGGUGGCAAACAAAAUGGAUACCAUGGCGUCAAUAGACGGGCCACCACCACCAGAAACUGACGGAAUGCAAAAAAUUGUGCCAGAAAAGCUGUAUAAAAGCAUAAAUAUUUAGGCAAAUUGAUGGCAAGACAACACAGGACUGAAUAAACAAGGCACAAAAGGCACGAGAACGAGACGAGAGUCAAAAAACAAAAGCAAUUUGUAUAAAUAAAAGCAAGUCAAAGUGCGACAGAGACAAAGGCAAAGCAAAUAAUACAAAUUGAAAAGAAGCAAGUCCUUGAAUUGUUGUGUAUAAAGAAAACUGUCUGCCCAUCGACAUGAAUAUUCCUCAACGAAAAAAAAAAUGGCAAAAACUUUUUGCAUCAAAUUUAACCAAACGAAACUUGCACACAAAUUUGGCCAAAAGUUGAUUAAAUAUGACAUGGAAUUUAAGACUUUGGUUUAAAUACAUUUGGACAAGGACAAAAAGAAACCAAAACUAUUCUUAGAAUUAGUUGGAAAUAUAUAUUGUAUCUAUGUCAUUUAAGAGUUUU